GUAUGAAACCAUAAUUCAAGUUCUGAGUCAGACGCUGUUGCUUCAUUUUUUUCGCCGUUUCAGACAAACAAGAUUAUGUUGCAAUACACCGCGCGUAAGUUAACCUGCCAAUGUGUGUCACUGGUGUUUUCAAAAUGAAAAAUGAGGUUGUGCAAUAAUGCCAGACCCUGGCUCUCCUGUUGUGCAAGAGGUUUGCACAGCAAAUGCCAAAAACACAUCAUUGGAGCUGCCUCAACCUCAGAAGGUGCUUUGAUUGCUUCCACCUCCAACCCAAGUGAAAUGUCUUCACACAGGAUAAUAUAUAAUCCAUAACAGAAUCAAAACAUGUAUGGCCUAAAAUUGGAGUCGUGCUUGAAUCUUGGGAUUUUUGUGAUUAUUGCACAGUCGCUGUUAUUCUGGCAGUGCAAAUGCACAGGAACAGUUGGCGAGAAGGGAGGCAUAACAAGCACAAGUAGAAGAAAAUUGAACAAAACUAGAAUCACUGGGAAUCCAGGAGACUCUGGCUACAUCACAUCUCCUGGUUUUCCAAAGAAUCCACUCAUCUCAGGGUUAUCUGUUCAGAAAUACAGACUAAUUGCUAAAAAUAUAAAUGGAGUAAUUGAUAUCACGACUAUUGAUUUGGUAUUUUUUCCCAAUGACAAUUUUGCAUGGAAAUAUAUGCUGACAAUUUAUGAUUGUGAUUGUGAAAGAAAAGAUAAAGAGAUCAGAAUUACGGAGAGAGUGCAUUUUGUAUCGUCUGGCAGGUAUCUAGUAGUGAUAUUUAACCCUCAUUAUGUAGUGGAUGGUUGGAAGAAUCAUGGAGUUUUUAAAUUACAGUACAAGUUCAUUUACAGAUCUGUGCCAGAAACUAUAUGGAUGAAUAAAACUGUAUGUGGAUACCUGGGAAAUGUGGUCAACCACCUCCCUACUACUGACAGAUCAUCCACGGCCUUUAGGUCUUAUGGACACAUGGAGCUCCCUCCUGAUACAGCGUGGAGGGGAGAAAGCAUAAGAUUUGACUGCAUAUGGAGUUUCAAACAAGCUCAUCUGUAUUCCACAUCCCGAGUUGAACGAAGAUUUAUAUAUGCAAAGUUCUUGGAUUUUGAGGGGACUUCAUGUCUGAAUCUGAAUGUAGAGGUGAGGAAGUCAUGGCAUUCUGAUGGUGAGGUGCUCAUAUCAGGGCCAAUAACGGAUGUAAUAAAAAAUCAGCCAGGCACUGGACUGGUAUCACGUGGCAGCAUGUUUAUCAGACUUACUGGAUCACAAACAUGGAGGUGUGGCCAAAACCAACGCCUCAAAUUUGCCUACACCUAUUUUGUUAGUAGCCUUGAGAGUGCUAAACUCUGCCAGAUAUAUUUUCUGGGAAAAUAUUAUGAAUGUCAGGGACAGAUGCGCUGCAUUCCUGAGCAGUUUCAAUGUGAUGGCUAUGAUCAUUGUGGAGAUGGAGAGGAUGAGGCUUCUGAUCGGUGCUCAGAUCACACUACCACUCAGAGUUACUGUCCCUCUUACAAAAAACGCUGUCCAGAUGGAAAAUGUGUGUGGAACUCUGAUUCAUGUCCUGUAGAUGACUGUCUAGCCAAUCAAGUGAAGUGCGAUGACGGGAGAUGUGAAUAUUAUUCUAGUGACUGCACAAUAAAGAGCUCACCAGAAACAUUGAUAUUUAAGGAGCCCAUUAAAUGGAUAACAGCAAUAUUUUGUAUUGGGGUGUUCAUCUUAGUGAUAGCAAUCAUAUUUGGUUGCAAACGUAAAAUGUGUGGCACAAACACUGCCACACGCACAAGUACUGCAGAUGUUCACACAGUGUCACCAGUGAGAGAUACCAGCACACACACAGCCACACAGUAUACUGCUGGUACACCUGGACUGGUGGAAACUGUGCAUCACUUCCCCACUGAUGGUCCUGGCUACAGAGUCAGCCCUAGCCAGAGUCCUUUCAUUACGCCUAGGGGUAGUCCUGACUUCAUUUCAAGACACAGCCCAAGGCAUAGUCCAAGACAUACUCCAAGGCAUAGUCCAAGGCAUAGUCCAAGACAUAGUCCCAGGCAUAGUCCAAGACAUAGUCCUAGGCAUAGUCCAAGGCCUCAUGAAUUCAGUAACACAGAGCCUGAAGAUCCUUACUCUCCUCCCUCUUACAAUAGUCUUCAACCUCCUGAAAAUACCCCAGUACCCAGUAAUCUAGAAACAAGAAGGUCCCCAUCCCCACCAGAUUACAACUCUAGCUUGUCUUUGUCAACACUGCCACCUGGUGAUGGUUUGCAGCCACCUUCUGCAGCUGUCCCAGGAGUGGAGCAUCUCCCCCCACCUCCAUCUUAUGAUGAUGUCUCACGUGCUGGACCAAAUGCCUCAGUGAAUUGUGAAAGUGUUUGUGAGACUACUGUGUAGUGGUAACUUUGAUGAUUGUGGUCGUAGACUUGUACUACAAAAAUGUGGCCAAGUGUUAUGUAACGCAAUAUACAUAGCUAAUAUGCUAUGAAUUAAAUGCAUAAAUGUUGUUUUAUUUUGACUGUUCAUUUAAAGAAUUGCUUAAUCUACUAUGCAUGUAGGUGUUCUAUGUAUAGGACACUUCCAUUGUUAACAUGCAUUAUUCUAUAAUUAAAAAGAUGUUAUACAAGGGAUAUAAGUAUUUUGAUUACUGUCGUGUUGGUAUUUUUGUUUAAGGGUGCAUUCAGAAAAGUUAAUCCGUGGACUAAUAGAUUUGUUGAUCAAAAAUGGCCAACCUACUUGAAAACAUACUGCAUAAUUUCCUAAAAGACAAUGAAAAUGUGGGGAUAGCAAGGCAGGCUUUUAAGUGGGUCGGCCAUAUUUGAUCCACGGACAUGUAAGUCCUCGGACCAACUUUGGUUGUGAAUGCAGCCUAAGACAUAGAUUUCUAUGCAGUCUUCAUUCUGUUUGAGUGAUGUCAUGGUUUUGGAAAAAUUUCUGUCAGGUGCACAGUAUACCAUAUACAAAUACGUAGUGUACAGUAUACCCGAGUGCAUACCCAAAGAGGAAUGUUACCUCUGUAUCUUGAUAUUAUGUUAUGGUACUUUUUCUAUUACAUGUCUGUGGUAUUAUCAUGAAGGAUCUUUUAAUUAACUUUUACCUGUCCUUAUUGUUGUAAUUAUUACAAAAAUAUUAUUAGUGUAAUAUCGUUAUUAUUUUAUUUUUAAGCAUAAAAGGUAUAAGUAUGGAUAAGUUUUAUAAAGAUCGUGAUAGUAUAAUAUUGGGUUUCAGUUCAAUGUGUUUUCUUAUUUUUAAAAAGGGAAAUUGUUCCUACCUCUGUUGAUAAGUUUGAUAACUAUUAAUAUAUUUUCUAUGUUUUUAAAGACAUGUUAAAGGGUGCAUAUUCAAAAGAGUGCAAUAUUGAGGUUUGAAAGUAUUUAUUACUACCUGCGGUGUUUUAUUACCGCUAAAAUUCUCCAGUGGUAUGUAUCUUCAUCACCUUGAUCUUGUUCCUCAAAAGUAUUUUGAGACGGAUUAUGUCGGGAUGAAAAAUUAAUAAGUAAAACAAAUUAAAAAAUGUAUAAGUAAAGAAAAACAAAAAAGCCCGCUAUGUUGUUUAAGAGUUUUGGCAUAAUAUCUCCGCUAGGUACCAUACGUAGGUGUUAGGCCACGUCGGAUUCUGGUGUUUAGGGACCUUAUUUUGUAUGAACAGUUUGAAAGCGUUACGAGUCCUAUUGGGACCGGUGUAAAAGAAGAUGUCUUUUUCUGUGUCGGGGUGCUCAAAUUAUUCUUCAGUGUUCAAGUAAACUUAACAUUUUUAUGGUAUACCAGUAGUGUAACAUCGAAAAUAAAUAU